GUUGAGGCCCAGUAGCAGACGGUCAUGUGUGCGGAAUUUUGUUUUAGAUGAAAUUGUAUUUUGUUUCGAUUUUUAUCGCAAUUUCGGCCACACCGAGACAAUUAGCGACAUGUGUUGAAUGAAUUCAUAUCACGUCUACUAGAAUGGGGAUCCAGGACCUAAUGGCCUCACUGGGGGAGAACCCCUACUUCAGUGCUGGCUUUGGUCUCUUCGGUGUGGGGGCAGGAGCAGCUGUGUUGAGGAAGGGAUACAUGGUUGGCCUGAUCCUGUUUCGACGCCACUACAUGACAACUCUUGAAGUUCCUUGCCGAGACAAGUCCUACAGUUGGCUGCUCCAGUGGAUUACACACAAGGGAGCUCGAAAUACUCAGCAUCUCAGUGUAGAGACAAAGUUUCAGCAAAUUGAAACUGGAAAGAUAACAACUCGUCAUGACUUUAUUCCCAGUGUUGGUGAACAUUUCUUCUGGUAUGGUGGUACAUGGCUUAAGGUGGAACGCGCUCGUGAACAACGCACACUAGACUUAGAGCAUGGCACCCCUUGGGAAAAUGUUACAAUUACAGCAUUUGGAAAACAGAAAAAAUUGUUUUCCGAUAUCAUUAAAGAAGCACGUGAUAUGGCGAUAAAGCAGAAUGAGGGGAAGACCAUAAUGUACACAGCCUAUGGUGCAGAAUGGCGACAGUUUGGCAACCCAAGAAAACCUCGACCAAUCAGCUCAGUUGUCCUUGACCGUGGAUUAUCUGACAAGAUUGUCAGAGAUGUAAAAGACUUCAUGGAAAAUCCUGAGUGGUAUUCCAGUAGAGGAAUUCCAUACCGCCGGGGCUAUCUUCUACAUGGGCCUCCAGGCUGUGGCAAAAGCUCAUUCAUUACAGCAUUAGCAGGGGAACUGCAGCUUGGCAUUUGUGUCCUUAACCUGAGUGAAAGAGGCCUCACAGAUGACCGCCUGAACCACCUGCUGGCUCUUGCUCCUGAGAAUACCAUAAUUUUGUUGGAAGAUGUGGAUUCAGCCUUUGUCAGCAGGGAAGACACAGCAGAGAUGAAAGCUGCAUACGCUGGCCUCAAUAGGUUGACUUUUAGUGGUCUUUUGAAUUGCCUCGACGGGGUUGCCUCAACUGAAGCCAGAAUUGUAUUUAUGACUACAAACUAUCCUGAAAGAUUGGAUCCAGCUUUAAUCAGACCCGGUCGUGUUGAUAUGAAGGAAUACAUUGGUUACUGCACACCAUAUCAGCUAGAGACAAUGUUCAGCCGCUUUUAUCCAGAGGAACCUGCCCUUUCCGUUCAUGCUUUUUCCCAGGCUGUGAAGAAUUUGGGAGUGUCGGUGAGUGCAGCAGCCGUACAAGGACACUUCAUGAUUUACAAAGAUGACCCCCAGGGAGCUGUGCAUAACGUUAUCCAGAUGGCACAAAUUAAAACAUUUAUACCGAAAGAGGAUGAGGAUAUACAAAAUAUUGGAAGUCAGUUUAAUGAAAUAGCAGAGGCAAAGAAGAAUAAGUGAUAAGAUGAGACUGAAAUAAUGUAUGUAAGGGUGUGUGGAUGUAAGUAAGGACAAGAAGUCUAUUUUGUAAAAAGUUGUCGCUUGUGCAAUGUGUACAUAUGUAAAUAUAAAUUUUUAUGUUAGAAAUUAUCAUGAUCUGUUUCCAAGUGUCAAGAACUGAAAUGAAUGCAUGUAUUAUUAAGAAAAAAAAAUCCUUUUAUUAAAUCCUGUGGAAUGUAUUGGUGAACAUAUUAAGGUAAUAUUUUAAAAGAGUGGACAAGUUUUAUCCUCAUCAUAUGAUAAAAAAGAAAAGAACAUCAAUACCUUUGAUUUGAUUAUAGAUUAUUUAUAUGAAACUAUAUAUGCCAAUGGUGAUAAACUUUUGCAAAAAUAAUAGAAGUAGAAGCAAACAUACUGUUUCUUUUAAGAAGUAAUAUUUCAUAAGAAUACAUUCAUCAAUCUGUACAAUCUUGAUGUCACUUAAAGGUCUCAACAAUACUGAGGGACAAAUUAUUGCACAUGGCAGGCUGGAUUCAGUCUGUGGAGCAUAGAUUGCUGCCCCUUGACCUAUAGCUCAUGAUUGUCUUAGAAAAUAUUAUGCUGUCACAGCAUUUUGAAGCCAGCUUGUCCGUGUCUGGGCAGGGGAAUGUAUUUAUAAUGUAAAUUAAAUAGGAGGCUGGGGAACUGGAAAGGAGCUCAGCAACUUUGGCUGGGUUUUUGUAGUGGAAUCUGGGUUAUACUUUGCCCAGGUUCUACGCUACAGUACCACACAUUGUGAAUAUUAAUAAAAUACAAAUUCCUCA